GCCCCUUGAACUUGGUUCGACAGAGUAGAGCAACCCGCCGCCAGGUCCAUACAUUUGGUGGCCGUUCAAAGAUGAAGGUGGUCCAUCUGGCCUGUUUUGUGGUGCUCUUCUUUGCUUUGGAAAUAUGGAGCAUUGAGUUCAUUGUUGAAGAAAACACAGAGGAUCUGGACAAGUUGUUUGACUGGGAGGUGGAUGGAAUUGUUUCAAGAUCCGUGCUGCGAAAGGGCAGGUUCCAGAGAAGCACAUCCAAUGGUGACGACUCAGGAGAAUCGGUAGCUGGUGAUGACAACAUAGUCCUCCAUAGCUAUAAAGUCAAGACCACCAUUACAUCCCGUCUGGCCAAUACCAUGGUCCAGACCAAAGUGGAAAACAGAGCCAAACAUUCCCAGAACCUGGUCUUUGAUGUCCAGAUCCCGAAAGGGGCUUUCAUCCACAACUUUACCAUGAACGUCAAUGGGAUCACGUUCACUAGUUCAGUGAAGGAAAAAUCUGCAGCCAGAAGUCAGUAUGCUCAGGCCAGAGCCAAAGGCAAAGCUGCUGGGAUAUUACGGAGCAAUGCCCUUGACAUGGAAAACUUCAAAGCUGAACUCAAUGUCCCAGGAGGAACCAAAGUCCAGUUUGAAAUUCAUUACCAAGAGCCAAUCCGAAGGAAACUCUCAACCUACGAGCACAUUAUCCCUGUGCAACCAGGCAGGCUGGCCAAGCACUUGGAGGUGGACAUUCACAUUAUUGAGCCUCAGGGUCUCAGUUUCGUCCAUGUUCCCCAAUUGCCUGGUGAAGAGGUUGUGGGUGUUCCUACCAUCACCAAAGGAGAGAAGAAGGCUCAUGUGUCCUUCAAACCAACAGUGGCCCAGCAACGGAAAUGUCCCACCUGUUCUUCUACCACAAUUGAUGGCAAUUUUGUGCUAACGUAUGAUGUUAAAAGAGACACCAAAGCUGGAGAACUAGAGAUCUUUAAUGGCUAUUUCAUUCACUACUUUGCUCCUGAUAACCUGGAACCUCUGCCAAAAAACAUCCUCUUUGUUAUUGAUGUCAGCGGUUCAAUGUGGGGACUGAAGAUGAGGCAGACGGUUGAGGCCAUGAAGACCAUCCUGGAUGAUCUCCGCUCCAAUGACCAGUUUUCAGUCCUCGACUUCAACCAUAACGUGCGAUGCUGGAGGGACAGUUUGGUGCAAGCCUCCAAUGCGCAGACCGAAGCUGCUAAGAAGUACAUUGAAGGAAUCCAUCCCAAUGGAGGAACAAAUAUCAAUGAUGCUCUUCUCCGAGCAAUCUUUAUUUUGAAAGAAGCCAGUAAUAUGGGAAUGUUGGAUCCAAGCUCGACAUCCAUGAUUGUGCUGGUGUCAGAUGGAGAUCCAACUGUAGGAGAGUUGAAACUACCUACAAUUCAGAAGAAUGUGAAGAAGAAUAUUCAAGAUGACAUCUCUUUAUUCUGCCUUGGCAUUGGAUUUGAUGUGGAUUAUGAUUUCUUGAAGAGACUGGCACAAGAGAACAACGGGAUGGCGCACAGAGUUUUUGGAAACCAGGAAACCUCUUCUCAAAUGAGGAAAUUCUUCAACCAGGUCUCCACCCCACUUCUCAAAAAGCUGGAAUUCAACUACCCACAAGAAAUGGUGUCUGAUGUCACCCACAACAGCUUCCAGAACUAUUUUGGAGGGUCUGAGAUUGUGGUGGCAGGAAAAGUGGAUACCGCAAACACACAACAUUUGCAGAGUGUGAUCACAGCGACUGCCAGCAAUGCACAAUUAGUUUUGGAGACUCUGGCAGAUGUCGAAGGACUGGAUGACUUUCUGAACAAAGACAAGCAUGCUGAUCCCAAAUUCACGGAAAAGUUGUGGGCCUACAUAACCAUCAACCAACUCAUGGCUGAAAGAAACAUGGCUCCCACAGCUGCCCUGAAAAGGAACAUCACAAAGCAAAUCCUCCAGAUGUCCCUGGACCAUCACAUUGUGACCCCCUACACAGCAAUGCUGAUUGAGAGCCCCAAUGGAGACGAGCUGAUGCUGGCUGACUCUCCCCAGGACCGGAAGAGGGCCUGCUGUCCAGGUGCUUUAACCCUUGGUGCCACAAAGCCAGACAAUUCCAUCCCACCUUGGGCCACACCUACAUCCAAGGAUCCAUUAUCUCAAGUCAGGGGUCCAACUGCUGCAGCUGUCCAUCAGGGAUCCUUAGUUAUUGGCCAAGCACCAACUGAAAACCCCAUCCCAUCUUGGGUGAAGCCCACAUCGAAACCAGGGGGCCCAUUAGCUGUUGUUAUGGGUCCAACUAUUUCUGCUGUGCACGCAGGACCUUUACUUUUAGGGCAAGCCAACAAUUCCACUUCAUCCUUGAACAGAAAGAACCCAACUGACAGCAACAGGAUUCAUUCAGUGGAUAAUGACCCCCAUUUUAUUAUCAAUCUGCCAAGACAACAGAAGAACAUCUGCUUCAACAUAGAUUCUGAACCUGGUGCAAUUCUGAAUUUAAUUUCGGAUACACAGUCGGCAAUUGCCAUUAAUGGGCAGCUUGUUGGAGCCAAGAAAUCCCUCAAUAAUAAACUGCACACCUAUUUUGGCAAGAUUGGGUUCAAUUUUGAAAAGAAAGGCAUAAAGGUUGAAGUCAGCACCGAGGCCAUAACCUUGAAGGAUGGUUCCUCCAGCACUUCUUUUUCCUGGUCUGAUACAGGAAGCCUCAUUCGGAGGAGAGUGCUAGUCUCUGUGAACAGAGACAGCAAUGUCACUAUCACCGUUGACGGGGAGCUGUCCUUCAUGGUUAUACUACACCGAGUGUGGAAAAAGCAUCCCAUCAAUGUUGACUUCUUGGGAAUCUACAUCCCGCCUGCAAGUAACUUCUCAUCUGGUGUGCAUGGCCUGAUCGGUCAGUUUAUGAUUGAACCGGAUGUGCAGGUCUACAAUGAGAGGCCUGGCCAAGAGCCUGGGAAAUCACUAGCAACAAUGGAAGUCAAAGGCCAUAAGCUCACCGUUACCAGAGGUGUGCAAAAAGACUACAGAUUGAACCGAGUAUUUGGAACUGGUGUUCAUUGCUGGUUUGUGCACAAUAAUGGAAAGGGCUUCCUGGAUGGCAGCUACAGAGACUACCUUGUCCCCAGUUUGUACAGCUACUUGAAGCGUCUUUGAGGGGGUCGGGCCUAAAGGAAGAGCAGACGUGGCCCAUCUCUGAUCAGUUAAAGCUUUAUUCAUGCAGCUCCUAUAACGAGUCACUGGUGAACCAGUCUUUCAAGGUGAACAUCUUUUUCUAAGAGAAAAAGCCCAAGCAUGCAAAAUAUAGCCUACAGACCUUAUUGAGUCUGCUCCAAGUAUCAUCAAGCUGUUUUUCUCCUGGAAACAGCUCAUAAUAGGGGUGCUGGUAAAGAAGGCCACAAUCUUAGAAGGCAAGCAAAAAAACGUAUCUGCCAUUUAACAUUGAGCUGGACAUCAAGCCCAAGUAAGGUUAGCCAUUAAUAACAGGAAAUUGGUCUCUGUGACAAAUACAUUUUCAAACAUAAUUAAAAAUACCUCUUUGUGGA